GUCCAGCCACCUCCCUAAACAUGAAGUUCUUGUGAACCCCCAGAGCCAGCAUGCACGGGUGACUCGAGCAUUUCCCCUAAGUCAAUCACUCCGUUGCAGUACUGAUAGGUGAUUGCCAACAUGGGCGGGCUAAUUCUGCUGCUCGUGCUGAGCGCGGUGAUGGCCAUUGCCUCGUUUCUGGCGGGAUCACUUCCGCUCGCCAUCACGCUCUCCUCGUCCCAACUCCGUUUAAUAUCUGCGUUGGGCGUGGGAAUCCUAGUGGGGACGUCAAUGAUUGUCAUUAUCCCCGAGGGUAUUGAGGCCGUGGUAUCGUCUGGUCUCGGUGGACAUUCGCAUGCUCGUGCGACGAGGAGUCUCAGCGUGCUCCAAAAUGCCGGCCUGGAACGGGGCGGAAAGAACCACGUGCGAGCUGAAAUGGAUGCUGGGGGCAAGAGCACUGUGUUACGCCGCGCUGAAGGACCCGACCUGACUGCCUAUCUCCGAUCCCUGGGCUUGUCGGUGGGGAGUGGUGUCCGAUCAGUAGAACGGAAAGCGUUGGAUAGUCGCGACCCCGGCGACCAUGACCAUGACCAUGACCAUGACCACGAUCACGACCACGACCACGACCAUGACCACGAUCACGACCACGACCACGACCACGACCACGACCACGACCACGACCACGACCACGACCACGACCACGAUCAUGGAAUGGCAGCCGUAGGUCAGAAGCAUGGCGAGGAGGAUACGCAUAUGGAGCUACCCACAUUUUACAUUGGCCUGUCAAUGGUUCUUGGAUUCAUCCUCAUGUUCCUCAUCGACAGAAUACCCCAGCAUGCGACGGAUCGGCUGAGGACAGGGCCGCAUAUGCGACAUGUUAGCCUUGACAACCUGCGACCCGGUUCUGCGCUGGAAGGCGAAGACGAGCACUUCCUCGGGUCUCCGGUAUCCUCUCCAAAGCAAUCACGGGGCUUCGGGACAACGGUGGGAUUGGUGAUCCAUGCGGCGGCAGAUGGGAUUGCGAUGGGCGCGGGCGCGACUUCGUCCGACACGCAGCUCGGUCUGAUCAUUUUCGUUGCCAUCAUGCUUCACAAGGCUCCUGCUGCUUUCGGCUUAUCCGCCCUUCUUCUCAAGCAAGGUUUGUCCAAACGGGCGGCACGGGCUCACUUGUUGGUGUUUAGCCUGGCGGCUCCUUUCGGCGCCCUGUCUACGUGGGUCAUCAUCGCCUUCCUCGGCGGGGGCCAGUUUGAGGGAGCAUCUGGCAAGUGGUGGACCGGCAUGCUUCUACUCUUUUCCGCGGGAACUUUUCUGUAUGUCGCCAUGCACGCCAUGCAAGAGGAAGGAGGGCCCAAACAUGACCACAAUGGGUUCUCCCACGGGCAUUCCGACUCGAGCGCCAACGUCAUGCACCGGCCUCAAGUACGCGACACGUUGGUUACCGUCGCCGGGAUGCUUUUGCCUCUGCUGACUCAAUUUGGCCAUCAUCACUGAAGACGCUCCAGUUCGGGGGUGCAUGGGAGGGCCAGCGGGUGAGCCCAGCGGAGAUGAGAUACCACGGCGCAAUGACACCGAGAUGUAGUUUCAAAAAAUCAAAGAAAAUCUGCCUCUGAAACCACAGCCCGAAAUAUCUGGCCCCUUCGGGGUAUGACAGAUCCUCAUGAACGAAAGGGCGAAACAAGGUUAUCUGCCUCUUUUCUUUGGCCGGUGACCAUCGUUGUCAUCUCGGCCUUGCCGAUGCAGGCCAGCGAAGGAGACCUCCAAGAAAUGGAUUGUGACACCCACUCGGGCC